AUGGGGAUCUGCACGCCAUCAUUUUCCGAUUCGAGCUCUGGCUCUGGCGCCGCGUCAACCAAAUCAUGGAUUAUUCACGGCCUGGCGGUUGGGGCGGCGGCCGCGGUGGCACUUGGUGCUCACGCCUACUUGUAUUAUCGUCGAUCCGGAAGGUUCCGGAGCCGGGUUGUCGGGAUCAUACCUGCCCGUUUCGCUUCCUCUAGGUUCCAAGGCAAACCACUCGUUCACAUCCUUGGCAAGCCCAUGAUCCAAAGAACAUGGGAAAGGGCAAAAAUGGCGUCGUCAUUGGAUCAUGUUGUUGUGGCGACAGAUGAUGAAAAUAUUGCAGAAUGCUGUAGAGGAUUUGGCGCUGAUGUGAUAAUGACAUCAGAAUCAUGUCGAAAUGGCACAGAGCGUUGUAAUGAAGCACAUCAAAAGCUUGGGAACAAGUACGAUAUUGUUGUCAAUAUUCAGGGGGAUGAGCCUCUCAUUGAACCUGAAAUAAUAGAUGGCAUAGUAAAGGCUCUUCAGGCUACUCCAGAUGCAGUGUUCAGCACCGCAGUUACUGCUUUGAAAUCUGAAGAUGCAUUCGAUCCAAAUCGUGUUAAAUGCGUGGUGGACAGUCGUGGAUAUGCAAUUUAUUUUUCACGAGGACUGAUACCAUUCAACAAGUCUGGAAAGGUCAAUCCUCAAUUUCCGUACUUGCUUCAUCUGGGGAUUCAGAGCCUUGAUUCAAAGUUCCUUGAGAUAUAUCCAGAGCUGCCGCCAACUCCACUUCAACUGGAAGAAGAUCUUGAACAACUGAAAGUACUUGAAAACGGAUACAAAAUGAAGGUGAUUAAAGUUGACCAUGAGGCCCAUGGUGUUGAUGCACCAGAGGAUGUAGAGAAAAUAGAACGUUAUAUGCAAGAGAAAAACUUACCUUAA